AUGGAGGCCAAUGAUCAGGCCCGGUAUUCAGAUACAGUGAGGCCAAGUAGCUCUACCCAUGUUGCGAGAAAGAAGACUGUUGGGCCCUCGGUGCACCUUCUUGCAGGCGCGAGUGGUGGUUUAGCUACCGCUAUUGUGACGUCGCCCCUCGAUGUGUUACGAACACGCCUUCAAUCCGACUUUUAUCGAACUAAAAGUACUAGCGCCUCCCAAUUAAAUCAGCCUGUACAGACAAAUCAGAGAACAAUGCAGGUCAUCAACUCCAUUUAUCGUGCUGAAGGCUGGCGAGCCUUUUUCCGAGGCCUCGGUCCGAGCAUGGCCGGUGUGGUCCCGGCGACUGCGAUCAAGUUUUAUGUCUAUGGGAAUUGCAAGCAUUUUGGGGCUAAGAUGCUAGGACGUACAGAAGACUCCCCCUUUGUCCACGCCCAGGCUGCAAUCUGCGCAGGACUAGCGACUUCUACAGCAACAAAUCCAAUAUGGCUGGUCAAAACAAGACUACAACUUGACAAAACAGAAAUCGGUGGCGUUCUCACUCGUCGAUAUCGCAAUAGCAUAGAUUGCAUCCGGCAAGUCUUCCGCAAUGAGGGAUUAAACGGCUUUUAUAGAGGGUUAAGCGCUAGCUAUCUCGGCUCGAUUGAAACGGCUCUACAUUUGGUGCUUUACGAACGUCUGAAAACUAGCCUUCAUCAGUCAUUAGAAAAUACCGAGGGAACACGGUCUGCCUUUUUGGACGAAUUCUUUCAUUGGGUUAGUACUAGUGGUGCUGCAAGUUCUGCGAAGCUAGCCGCGGGUCUAAUCACAUAUCCUCAUGAGGUUAUUCGAACGAGAUUGCGCCAGGCGCCUAUGGAGAAUGGCCGGGCCAAAUAUACGGGCUUGUUACAAUGCUUCCGUUUGAUCGCUAAAGAGGAAGGUAUGGCGGGCUUGUAUGGAGGCUUAGUUCCCCAUAUGGUUCGGUCUUUACCGUCAGCUGUCAUUACGCUUGGCGUAUAUGAGUUUGUGCUGAGGAUUACUGGGAGCUGA